ACUCGUAUAAGAUGGAGCUCCGGCUUCUACUAUCACAGUCUGCCUAGGUUUGGCUUAAUGCGCCGACGCAGUUUUUUACACACCCUCAAAAUUAAGUGAAUUUCUAAGUCAAAAAUGCCGUGGACGAGUGCUAACAGAAUCUAUGCCAAGCCUUCUAAUUCUAGUUCCGGAGAGGGAUCUAUCGGAACUAACAAUGCCCGUGUCGCUCUCACUGCUGCCGCUGACAGUGGAGGUCGGUUUGAACUAAGUGACCAUGGCUACGGAAAGGAUUCAGUGAAGCUUCUCCAUGUCCACCGCGACGGAAAUUUUCACACUAUUCGCGAGUUUGAAGUAUCCACCGAAUUGAAACUUACAUCUGAGACCGCUUAUGUCUUGGGCGACAACAAAGAAGUUGUCGCAACAGACUCACAGAAGAAUACUGUGUAUUUGUUAGCUAAAAAGCACGGAGUGAAAACGCCAGAAGAAUUUGGUGCACUGGUUGUGAACCACUUUUUGUAUAUGUAUAAACAAGUGGUCGAAGCAAAGUGUCGCGUUGUUGAAUACCCAUGGGAGAGGUUGCAAGCAGAAACACCACACAAUCACGCUUUUUUAUUCUCGCCCACAGCUACCCGGUGGGCUGAAAUAUCACAAAAACGACAUGAAGCGGUAGUAGUGAAAUCUGGCUUGAGUGGUCUACGUGUUCUAAAAACUACACAGUCUGCUUUUGUAGAUUUUGUUCAAGACGAAUACACUACUCUUAGUGAUGCAGCAGAAAGAAUAUUCAGUACGGUGGUUGAAGCGGAAUGGAUCUACGAUAAUAUGCGUACAGCUGAUUUUGACAAUGCCUGGCUCACCGUGAAAGACGCCAUAUUGGAUAAAUUUGCCGGCCCGCCAGAUGUUGGAAUUUAUUCGCCAUCUGUGCAACACACUUUGUAUCAAGCUGAGAAGUGUGUAUUAGAAAAAGUUGCCGAGAUUUCAUGGAUCAAGAUGACAAUGCCGAACAAACAUUACUUGAACAUUGACGUCUCAAAAUUCCCCGCAAACAUAACGAAAGGGGAUCCCCGUCAUCAUAUCUACCAACCAAUAGACAAGCCCGCAGGUCUUAUCUAUGCGCAGCUACGGCGUAGACCUAAAAGUCGUUUGUGACGUAACGUCUCAUAGCCAGUUCUAUGAGGAAGUUAUAGACGUAGGCUUAUUCACAGAGGUACCUAUAAUUCUACGAUAACUUUAUGAGACAGUUUUGAAUAUUUGAAGAUUUUUUCACGGUUACCUCAAUUGUUUUAUAUCGUAUUGUUGAAUUCAAUAGUAAUGUAAUAUUUAGGUAUAAAUGUUUAAGACUUUUUAAAUUGGGUUAUAAAUAAUAUUUGUAUAUAGUAAACACAGUCUGGAGAAUAAAAAAAAUUAAAAUUAAUAAUGUAUACGUAUCGUGAUAGUUCAAAAAUUCGAAUAAUUAUUAUAAAGAUUGUUUAUAUAGAGCAUCAUAGCAAUACACUGUAUAUUAGUACAUAUUUAAUUUUGUGUACAGUCGUAUCUGUUAAUGAAUAGCAUAUGUAUACUUUUAUUUAUGAUUGAAUACUGUAAGAAAUAUUUCAGCUGUUUAUCUACAAUUAGGUAUAAUUAUAUGCGGUUACAGUUUACCACUGUCUUUCUUGUUUUGAUGUUGUCAAGGAACUUAAUUGGCUGUGAUUCGUUUUUAAGGGUGAGAUGUAACAUUGUAAUAACUCCUUAAUUUUCAGAAAUUGAAAAAAAUAAUAAAGAAUAUCAGAGUCUGACGUCCGUCCACAAAAUGCCCUGUGAUUCAGUGACAGAGUUUAUU